AUGUUCAAAGCAAUUCUGAAGACUGUUAAACAAGAAAAGACUAAAUCUUCUUUGUCUGAAUAGUAGGAUAUUGCCCAGAUACCAAAAAUUGAGGAGAAAUAGUGUUAAACCAAUUUCAAUAGAUAAAUUUUAGAGUAUUUGCCCUAUCAAGUACCCAAUUCAAUUGAAGCAAUAUUCUAUAUCAAAGAAAUUCUCACUCUGCAAUAAUAAGAAUAUUUGAUGAACGAAAUUUAUAAUCAGCCUAAGAGAUGGGUUGACUUACUUCAUUCAAAUAGAAGAGUAUAGAAAUAUGGCGGAGAUGUUAAAGAUGAAGGUCUUAUCAAUGUAGAACUAUUGCCAGACUUUUUAUCUUAAUUAUCAAAUUUAUGCUUUUUAGAUGAUAAUACUCUAAAAAUUAAUCAUGCCCUCAUUAAUGAAUAUGCUCCAGGCAUUGGUAUCCAUCCUCAUUUCGAUGGACCUUUAUACCAUAACUUUGUUAAUAUCUUUAGUAUCAAUAGCACUUGCAUUUUUAAAUUUAAAAAAGAAGAUCAAUCAUUGAAACUUUUUGUAGAACCAGGCAGUCUAUUAAUUUUUACUAAGCAAGCAUACACAGAAUGGCUUCAUGGAAUCAAUUAUCACCACGAUGAUACAAUUUUAAUGAAUAUCAAAUACAAUUAAGUCUGUAAUACAGAUUUAAUUAAUUUCCCUCAAACCUCGCUAUAUCAAAACUUAUAAAAAGUUGAUAAUGUUAUUGAAUAUUUGAAUAGUUAGCCCAAUUAUGAACUAUGUCAAAUUCAAAAUGAUAAUUAAUUCACUCAUUCUUUGAUUAUAAGAAGAUUGCUCAGAGUAUCAAUUACUUUAAGACAUGUACCUUAUAAAAGGAUAUGA